AUGGCAUCAAUGGCUGCGGCUGCCAGUUCUACCACUGUUGUUAGGGCAACUCCAUUCUUGGGCCAAACCAAGAAUUCCAACCCUCUUAAAGAUGUCGUCUCUGUGGGAAAUGGGAAAUACACCAUGGGUAAUGAAUUGUGGUAUGGACCGGACCGUGUCAAGUACUUGGGGCCGUUCUCGGCUCAAACUCCAUCGUACUUGACCGGAGAAUUCCCUGGUGAUUAUGGUUGGGACACUGCUGGAUUAUCUGCUGAUCCUGAGGCAUUUGCAAGGAACAGGGCUCUUGAGGUUAUUCACGGGAGAUGGGCAAUGCUUGGAGCUUUGGGAUGCAUCACCCCGGAAGUUCUUGAGAAAUGGGUUAAAGUGGAUUUCAAAGAGCCAGUUUGGUUCAAGGCUGGAGCUCAAAUCUUCUCUGAAGGUGGACUAGACUACUUGGGCAAUCCCAAUCUUGUACAUGCACAGAGCAUUUUGGCAGUUCUUGGAUUUCAAGUUGUUCUCAUGGGACUCGUUGAAGGGUUUAGAAUCAACGGUUUAGACGGCGUUGGUGAGGGCAACGACCUGUACCCCGGUGGACAAUACUUUGAUCCUCUUGGCCUUGCUGAUGACCCUGUGACUUUUGCUGAGCUCAAGGUGAAGGAAAUCAAGAAUGGAAGGCUAGCCAUGUUCUCCAUGUUCGGAUUCUUUGUUCAGGCUAUUGUCACUGGAAAAGGCCCUCUGGAGAAUCUGUUGGACCAUCUCGAUAACCCUGUGGCUAACAAUGCCUGGGUUUAUGCCACAAAGUUCGUGCCAGGAUCAUAA